GAAAAGAGAGCGCAAAGGAAAUUGAUGCAAAGUGCAAGGAGAGACUUUUCCCCCUUACACUUUGAAAAGAAGCCUGUUGCUUCUCUCCACGUUGGAUUUUCCACCUUGAAAACAUCUGAUCUUAGAUCUCAUUCUGCAAAAGAUCUUGCCCUGGUUUUGUGGAAGAAAAGGAGAACAUUGGCUGGACGAUCUGGACUUUGGCUAGAGAUGGGUUGUGCCUUAUCUGGCUCCGGCGUCACACAGGAUGCGCCGAUUUCGGAAGAGAAACCGUGCUCCUCCCUGGAAAGCGGGUUCGAUUUGAACGAGGAAACAGAAUUGGGGGGCGAUGAGGAAGCAACAGAAUCGUUCCCGCUUUCAGAGGUUCAGAAGGAGCUGAUCCGGGAGUCCUGGAAAAUCCUGCACAAAGACAUUGCAAGAGUGGGGAUUAUCGUCUUUAUCAGACUCUUUGAGACGCAUCCAGAGUGCAAAGAUGUCUUCUUCCUCUUCCGCGACAUUGAUGACUUGCACCAGCUGAAGAUGAGCAAGGAGCUGCAAGCGCAUGGACUCAGGGUGAUGUCCUUCAUUGAGAAGAGCGUGGCACGGCUGGACCAAGAGGAGAAGCUGGAACACUUGGCCUUCGAACUGGGCAGGAGCCAUUGCCGGUAUAAAGCUCCCCCAAAAUAUUAUGAGUACAUCGGCACUCAGUUCAUCCAAGCCGUCCAACCGAUCCUGAAAGAAACGUGGACCCCAGAAAUUGAGAAGGCCUGGGAGAGUUUGUUCCAAUAUUUGGCAGCCACCAUGCGGAGAGGUUUCUACAAAGAGCAGCAGAUGACCCGGACAAAGUAGUCCUUACAUUGAAAGAGUACUGUACAACAUUUGACUCUGCUCCAAAGAAAGUCUGGCCAGCCUCCACUGCUCUGGAUGAGGAUUAUCAAAGGAUCAUCUUUGGACUCUUUAGAAAUCCUACUUAUUUAUGACUCCUCGCUCUCUCCCAAGGGCAGCUCUUAUAGGACACACAAGUGGUUUGCAGUGAAGUCACUUCUGCUCAAAGCAGGGGUUGGCAGUAGUAGAAUCUGGGACAAGGAGCUGAACAUCUGGCUUCCUUAAAAUGAGGACUUCCCACCAGUCUGGUCCUGCAGUUCCAAUUGGGACGUCUGGGUUUUUAGAAGCAUUUCAAGGAGCGUGCAUUUUUCAGAGGGUCUUUUCCACCCCGUUUGUGCAUUUUAUGGGUAUAUCUUUGUCCGGCAGGAAAAAAAAAACAUUCGAAAGUUGAAGGGUUUCAGGGGUGUCUUGGAACGACCAUAAAUAUGGAGCUGGGGUCCCCAUGAGAACCUUUAUAUACAGUAUGGAGAGAGAUCUUGUAGCACCUUUGAGACUGGUCAAAAGAAAGAAGUUGGCAGCAGGAGCUUUCCUAGACUUCAGUCUACUUCCUCCAAAUGCAUUUGGACUAACGGCUGUAUCUUUGGGUUCUUUAUAUACAGAUAACUGUACAGAUAUAUAUGGUUAACAAAACCUCUGAUAAAAGAAGCUCCUUUUUGCAAAGUCUUUUUAUACCCUCCCAGUCCUCCACUUUUCCUCCUCAUCUUCUGUCUGGCUGGAAGCUUUUUUAGCAGCAUAGGUAUUGCAGUAAUUCUGUUCCUUUUCUUGCAUCUGUAUUCCAUUUGGCUUUUCCAAAGCACUUCUGUAACAUGGUUUGUCUGUGACUUAGGUUGCAUUUUUAAAAAAUUCAUCUUUCCCAUUAAUGAUUUGUUUGCAGCAUAUUCUUGGAGCAAUUUUAAUUUCCAAAUGUGGAUGCCCAACCUUUCAUGUUGCUGCAAAGUUUAACUGAACACUACUGAUUAAGAUUAAUCCAUCAUUAAAUCAUUUCCGUCCAUCUUAACAGAAGCGUUCUUAUAGGAAAAACUGCUUUUGAGAUAACGCCAGUUGAUGUAGCGCAUGUAUGUACCAUCUGAAAACGAAGCAUGCUUUUCCUUUUCUGCUCUCAUAGGCAAUCAUGGUAUGCAUGUGCGCUGGUUUUGAAUGCAAUAAUUAAAAGUAAAUGUAAUAUAGUUAUAGUGUCAAUAUGUAAAACCAAGCAGCAUAAAACAGAACAAGAAACAUCUAAACUGACUGAUGACAAAUUGUUAUGGCUGAAAUUUUCUAUCAUGGUUUACUUUAUGUAACUUUACAUAUGCUUAAGUUGAGCUACUAAGAAACCCUAUUAGUGAAUUGCA